GGAAGUAGAGUUUGUCUUAGGGGGAAGGAUGAUAACUAGCUGAUUUGUUUAGUGGUGACGUGACACUCUUCCUAGUUGUCUGGAUGCCAAUUCCUGGUGUCGGGUCUGGUUUAGCGGCUUUCUGAGAGACCCCCCUAAGAGACCCGGACUGUUGUGUGGCUUUCAGAGCGGGGCCAGAUUAGGCCGCCGCUUCGUUUCUCGGUCGUAUUUGAGCAUAAUCUAUUGUCAAGAUGGUUUUAGCAGAUCUUGGGAGAAAAAUUACCUCAGCAUUACGCUCCCUGAGCAAUGCUACCAUUAUCAAUGAAGAGGUUUUAAAUGCUAUGCUAAAAGAAGUUUGUACGGCAUUAUUGGAAGCUGAUGUCAACAUUAAGCUGGUGAAACAACUAAGAGAAAAUGUCAAAUCUGCUAUUGACCUUGAAGAAAUGGCUUCUGGACUCAACAAAAGAAAAAUGAUCCAACAUGCCGUCUUUAAAGAACUUGUUAAGCUUGUAGAUCCUGGAGUCAAAGCUUGGACACCCACAAAAGGAAAACAAAAUAUCAUCAUGUUUGUAGGCUUGCAAGGAAGUGGCAAAACAACCUCGUGCUCAAAGUUGGCAUAUUAUUACCAAAAGAAAGGCUGGAAGACAUGUUUGAUAUGUGCAGACACUUACAGAGCAGGUGCUUUUGAUCAGUUAAAACAGAAUGCCACAAAAGCAAGAAUUCCAUUUUAUGGGAGUUACACAGAGAUGGAUCCUGUAAUUAUUGCUUCAGAAGGAGUAGACAAAUUUAAGAAUGAAAACUUUGAAAUAAUAAUAGUUGAUACAAGUGGUCGUCACAAGCAGGAAGACUCUUUGUUUGAAGAAAUGUUACAAGUUGCUAAUGCCAUACAACCAGAUAAUAUAGUAUAUGUGAUGGAUGCCUCUAUUGGUCAAGCCUGUGAAGCUCAAGCAAAGGCUUUCAAAGAUAAAGUUGAUGUUGCUUCUGUAAUUGUGACAAAACUUGAUGGCCAUGCCAAGGGAGGUGGAGCAUUGAGUGCAGUUGCUGCAACUAAAAGUCCAAUCAUUUUUAUUGGAACUGGCGAACAUAUAGAUGAUUUUGAACCUUUUAAAACGCAGCCUUUUAUCAGUAAACUUCUUGGCAUGGGAGAUAUUGAAGGAUUGAUAGAUAAAGUCAAUGAGUUGAAAUUAGAUGACAAUGAGGCUCUCAUUGAGAAACUAAAACAUGGUCAAUUCACAUUGAGGGAUAUGUAUGAACAGUUCCAAAACAUCAUGAAAAUGGGGCCCUUCAGUCAAAUAUUGGGUAUGAUACCUGGUUUUGGAACAGAUUUCAUGAGUAAAGGCAAUGAACAGGAAUCAAUGGCACGGCUAAAAAAACUGAUGACAAUAAUGGACAGUAUGAAUGAUCAAGAACUAGAUAGUACAGAUGGAGCCAAAGUUUUCAGUAAGCAACCAGGAAGAAUCCAAAGAGUAGCGAGAGGUUCCGGUGUUUCAACUAGAGACGUUCAAGAACUCCUGACGCAGUACACAAAAUUUGCACAAAUGGUAAAAAAGAUGGGAGGCAUUAAAGGACUUUUUAAAGGAGGUGAUAUGUCAAAGAAUGUAAAUCCAUCCCAGAUGGCAAAACUGAACCAACAGAUGGCAAAGAUGAUGGAUCCUAGAGUUCUUCAUCAUAUGGGUGGCAUGGCAGGAUUGCAGUCAAUGAUGCGCCAGUUUCAACAAGGUGCUGCUGGAAAUAUAAAAGGCAUGAUGGGAUUCAAUAACAUGUAAAGGCGGCCUUAAUAAACUGACUUGAUUGACCAUUAUUUGCUGGAGUAUUUCUAAAAAGAAUGAGAGCUCCUUUUCUGCUGUGAAGAACUUUAAUGGAGCAUGAUACAAUUUGGAGACUUUCCAGUCUUUAGGUCUAGAAAGUGGUUCUAGUUUGACUUCAGUUUAUUAAUGUUUCAGUUUUAAUAUUUUCUUGGACCUGUUUAAAAGUAAAUCAUGUAUAAAUUUAAUAUUUAGAGGAACUUUUUAAUUGUUUCAAAUGGCAACUGUUAUAUUUGUAAAACAAUUCAGAUCUUUGGUCAAUACCAGUUUGUCACAAAUAUAUUGUAAAAUAAACUUACCUGGUUG